CGGGAAAGAGUCACAACUCGGGCUUGCUCUGCUCGUAAAGCUUGUGGCUGUUGGGGACUCAGAUAUCGACGUUUUUAUAAGUUAUUCUCGUCUCUCAUCUGGAUGUUUGCAGCUGGACAGUAAGAGGCUGAGAGGUUUUAGUGAAUAAAUCAAACAAAAAUAGGACUUUUUGACGUGUGUUGGCUGCAGAUUCACUACAUUCAAUACAUGUUUAAAUAGAUGCACUGGUGUUCUGUCGUUCUACGGAGAAUAAAACCUUCUUUCUCUUUCAGGGACCGCUUCCAAACACAUGUGGCCACUUCUGGGAGAUGGUGUGGGAGCAGAGGACCCGCGGUGUCGUGAUGCUGAACCGAGUCAUAGAGAAAGGAUCUGUCAAAUGUGCCCAAUAUUGGCCACAGAGAGAGGAGAGAGAUGCUGUCUUUGAAGAUACCAAUUUCAAGCUUACUCUUGUCUCAGAAGACAUCAAAUCUUACUAUACAGUCCGUCAGCUGGAGCUGGAAAAUCUGUCUACUGAAGAGACUCGUGAGAUUUUACAUUUUCACUAUACCACCUGGCCGGACUUUGGGGUACCAGAGUCUCCCGCCUCCUUCCUUAACUUCCUGUUCAAGGUGCGAGAGUCUGGUUGUCUGAAUUCGGACCAGGGACCGGUGGUGGUGCACUGCAGCGCCGGCAUCGGACGCUCGGGGACAUUUUGUCUCGUGGACACCUGCCUCUUACUGAUGUCCAUGCGUAAAGACCCGUCCUCGGUGCGGAUUCGUGAUGUGCUGCUGGAGAUGCGACGCUAUCGAAUGGGCUUGAUUCAGACGGCAGAUCAACUUCGCUUCUCCUACCUGGCUGUCAUUGAAGGUGCCAAGUACAUCAAGGGAGAUACGUCGCUGCAGGAGUCGUGGAAGGAGCUCUCAAACGAGGAAGACGAUCCUCCGGAGUUCUCCCCUCCUCCUCCUCUUCCUCCUCCAAGAGACCCACACAACAGCAAAGUUGAGCCAUCCUUUUUCCCUGAGAACGCUGAGGUUAUCCAGCCGAUGGAGAUCCGCAGUCUGGGGUCCUCACAGGAGUCGGAGCUGAGAAAGAGGAACGUCGCUGCCCCCGAGCCUCCUCCUGACGAUGCCGAUCAGCUCGAUGGCUGCGUGGGAAUCGAAGAGCAUACCGCCAGAGCUCCGACCAAAUCCCAGCAGCAGCACGAGGCCGAGGAAGAGGAGCAGCCCGAGGAAGAGGAGCAGCCAAAGGAAAGCUCUCCUGUGCCGGGGACUUGGUCCCCUCUUCUAACCAACGUGUGCCUGGGCACGGCGCUGGCUCUCAGCGCUUACGUAUGUUAUCGAGCCUAUUUCCACUGAUGUCUGUCCUUCCUCCUCCUUCUUGGUUCUCCCUGUUUCUCCACUGAUGUUGCAAAGUGGACUCGGCUGGCCACUCAGCCUGCUUUGACUCUGGGUUUGCUCUGCGAGUGAGGGGAUUCUUUGGACUUCCUCUGCAGAUUCAGGUUCACUGGUUUAUUUUACAGAUGCAGUGCGAGGGGUUGGCUGGUUGGGAGUAACCCAACCGUUCUUUCCAUGUGUCAUCUUGGAUGCUCAGGGCCUCUGUUCUUCAGGUGUCAUAUCCCAAACACGUGUGCCGACUUAAACACAGACUCAACAAACAAUACGUAUCGCGGUCCGCAGAGGAAAAUGGUUUGUUUUAUCUCCCCUGUUCUGUGAACCAGGAUGAAUGGCCCGUCAGCCCAUUUUACAUCUCCUGUCUUAUAUACCAAACGUGUUUGUGUUCUUCCAUUUCAAGGUGUCCACUAGGAUUUCACGUCUUUCCACCGUGUCUGUCUUUUGCUUACACAAAUAGAUCAGAAAAUUAUAGAGACAGAUUUUCUUUUUGACCAGCCUGUCUGAAAUGAUGCCAGUAAGAAGACGCUUCAGAAGCUUUUUUUGUUCUACAGUGAGGUGAAAUAUGUGAAAGUAAGUAAUUGUGAUCUGUCCUCACUCGCGGCCCGUGUGGGUCUGCGGGAGAGACGUGCUAGAUGAAUACAUGCAGUAUGUGUGUGUGUGUGUGUGGUAGUUAGUGGAGCUUUCUACUGAUGCUUGAGUUCAAUCGACUCUGUGAGAAAUAUUAAUUUAAACAUUUACAAUACGUCAAAUGUGAGAUGUAGACUGGGUUGCCUCCUGGUGACCGAUUCCCUUUUUUGCGUUUUUUCUCUCCCCGGCGGCUCAACGGUGACGAUAAUAACACAAGUGUCUCUUUCUCCGUUUGCCAUCUGGAGAUUUAUAACAACCGGCUUUUGCUUUACUACUUACUCUUUUUGGGAGAACAUCUUUUUAGUCGCAGUGGAUACAAAUGCGUGGAGGCUUUUUAACGGCGAGAGAAUGUCUAUCGUAACCUGAAUGCAUCUGAUAACACGCAGUCACAAGUCACGCGUGUUCAGUCGGCGGAGUUAACGUAGUGCUGCACCGAGACCAGGACCAGGACCAGUCGAGUCCAGAGUCCAGAGUCCAGGUGAGAGAGACUGAAAUGAAAAAUAAUGCUUUUGCCUUUUGCCGAUGCAGUGAGAUGCAGGCGUAUGAUUGCGAGUGACGCUGACAUUGGCAGCCCCGGUAACCGCGGUUAGUUACCCCGGUAACCGCGGUUAGUUAACCCGGUAACCGCGGUUACCUAACCCGGUAACCGCGGUUACCAGGCUGCCAAUGUCAGCGCCCGUUCUUUGGAUUUUGAAUGAAUUAAAUCAAUACCUGUUUUUCAGAACAAGCGCGCUUCAUCGGUGGUUUUGUUUUGAAGUUACCUCUGAAAAUAAAUAAAUAUAUGUGUGUGUGUGUGUGUGUGUGUGUGUUUGGACUCGGUGGAGACCAGCUGUAGAGUAUUUGGCGAGACCAAUGGCCAAGUCCGAGUGCAAAUACCAGCGAGUCCAAGACGUUAGAUAAAGGAAGUGACGGCCGACUCUUUUCGCCAGCAAUACAAAGACUUAACGUGCGUCACCCUUUACUUUAUAAACUCUGAGUUUGAACAGGGAUUUUUUUUGAACAAACCAAAAAUCAAACACCAGCACAGGGAUGAAAACAAUACACUGUAGUGAUUAUCUGUCGUAUCAUGGCGCGGCUCUGAGCUGGCAAUAUUGUUUUUGUAUGAUUACGUUGUUUGUUUUUGUUGUUUUUUGUUGUUUUUUUUUAGCAUGCUGCAUUUGUGAAUUAAGAGGUUUGUCCUAAGAAGAGAUUAGCUGAGCUGCUAGCAUUCAGUUUACUUUUUGUGACUCGAUUAAAGUUCAGUACUUGAGUCCGACAGCUGUACCUUUCUUUAGAAUGUAUAAAUGUCCUCUCCAAGGAAACUCUUAUUAGAUAUAUAUAUAUAUUUUUUUUUUCAAAUCAGGUUUCAGUGUGCUGAGUUUCUUUUUUUGUUGUUUUUUUUUCGUUGUCCUGCUUUAGCCAGAGGUAAAGUCUCAGCACCUGUGCAGCCAUUGCACCAGGUUGUACCUGUUUUUUCUAUACUCAAUGCUGAGCUCAAAAACAUGUAUUUUUUUAUUUACAUUUGUUUUCCUUUUUAAAUAAAAAUAAAAAGUCUACUGUUGAUUUGUUCUGGUUUGUAGAACAGAUUUACACCUAUAACCUCAUUCUCAGUCGUACUUCUGAACAAUGACUAUGGUAAUAAAAAGGUCACACAUCA